GGUGGGAGGCAACAGAGGAGUUUGGGUGCAGUGGCAUCAUUUUGGGCUCUUCCUGCCCUCACACCCUGCUGGGGCUAUCACCGUAUCAUCAUGGGUAGUGCCUACCACUGGGAGGCUCGGCGUCGACAGAUGGCUUUGGAACGGAGGAAGGCGAUGAUGGUACAGCAGCAGGAAGAGCAGGAAGCAAAAAAACAGGAAGAGAAGAGACAGGAAGAGAAGAAACAGGAAGAGAAGAGACAGCAUUCUGAGAAAAAAUCUCAGCCACGUCAGGAUUCAAAGGGGCCUCAGGAUUCAAAAAGGCCUCAGGACUCCAAGGGGCCUCAGGAUUCAAAGGGGCCUCAGGAUUCAAAAGGGCCUCCUCUGCCACCUACCAAACAGCAGACACAGGGACAGGCAGACCCACAGCCACCACCUGGGCCAAAGCCACCAAAGGAGCAAGCCCCUCCCACACAGAGCACCUUCAAGGAUGACCUACAGAAGGGCACCCAAAGGCAAGGCCCCAGCCAGCCUCAGCCAGCUGGGGCCCCAAAAGACGGACAGCAAUCCUGCAGAACACGUGGACCCCCAAUCCUUCCAGGUCCUGGUCCCACGAGUGCAUGCCAGGCUAGCUCUUCUACAUAUUCCCGACUCACGUCGACUAAUUACAUCCAGCAGUGGUGAUCCAGAGAUGGACUCCAAGACCUGAUGAUAACACAAAGCAAAAAGAAAAGCAACCAAAAAACAAAACAAAAAACCUAGACAGCAACAAAAGACAGACAGUAACCACACUUUCUUUCCACUCGCAACCUGUCUACUCCAAAAAGCCAGCCACAUCUGGAGAGGAGGCUAGUUGGGAUUAAAAUGUGAUUCCUGGAAAGAA